AUGCCUGCCUCUGCUGAAAGCUCGAGUAGUAAUGGCAGUUUAGUCGAAGUAUUGGAUGUAAGCCAUUGUAGUUUGCAGGAGCCUAGUAGCUCUGAGCCAUCAGUGUGUGAGCUGAGCGAGUCUAGUAGCUCCACCUCUAGUUUGAAUUCGCAAAUACUGUCAUGGAAACGCGGAGCAUGGAGCUUGGAAGACUCGGUAAUAGCGGACCCACCUUGGUACAUUUCGUUCAUGGUGAAAUUCUCUUGUGCUUUGAUGUUCCUUGCUGGUAUGUUUGCGGAUUGGCUGCGAAUGCGAGGUAUUAUCAAGGUGUCUGUGGCGACGGAUGAUCCAAGGCACAAGGGUUUUGCACCGUUGGAUGAUCACUUGGAGGCCGUUUACAUCAAUCAUAUAUAUCGAAAAUCAAGUGAUGUAGUGAAUCGGCCGAUUGCUAGCGUUCCAGCUAGCGUAAUGCUAUUAAAGGAUAGGUACACCGACGACUAUGGGUGGACACAGAAAUAUACAGGAACGAUAUCGGAAGUUAUCAAUAUGGGGUCUUAUAACUAUCUCGGAUUCUCUCACAAUGAUGGCCCUUGUGCUGAAGAAGCGGCUCGAUACAUCGACAAAUACGGCCUUCAUAUUGGUAGUACCAGGCAUGAACGAGGCAAUUUUCAUAGUUUAUUUAUGGGGUCACUAAUUCUCAGUGACGAAUUGAACCACGCCUCUCUCGUUCUCGGAUGUCGAGUCUCUGGCGCAACUGUGAAAGUUUUCAAGCAUAACAGUAAUUUUAUUUGUACUUUUUUCGGUUUUAGUGCCAUGGAUUGCGAAAAACAUCUACGGAAUGCUCUGUGUCAUCCUAGUCCGAAAACUGGAAAGCCAUUCAACAAAGUUCUUAUUGUGAUAGAAGGGAUAUACAGUAUGGAAGGCACAAUCGUGAACUUGCCGGAAUUCAUCCGCAUCAAGAAGAAAUACAAUGCCUACUUAUUCUUAGAUGAAGCUCAUAGCGUUGGUGCCCUCGGACCAACAGGCAAAGGUGUCGUGGAAUACUGGGGUUGCAAUGCACGGGAUGUUGACGUACUGAUGGGAACACUGACCAAGAGUUUUGCGGCAGCCGGAGGUUACAUGGGUGGUACGAAAACAUUUCAGGCUGUAAUUGAUCAUAUUCGUCGUAAUUCAGCGGGUCCUUGUUAUGGAGCACCGAUGUCUCCUCCAAUAAUUGCUCAAGUUUUGAGCAGUAUGAAGGUGAUGUGCGGUGAAGAUGGAACUGACAUUGGUGCUCGAAAAGCUGUUCAACUACUUAGAAACUCACGAUAUUUCCGUCGGCGGCUGAAAGAGAUGGGAUUCCUCAUUUAUGGCCAUGAAGACAGCCCUGUUGUGCCAUUAAUGACAUUUUAUAUAACAAAAGUAGUAGAAUUUUCACGUCGCACACUCAAGUAUGGUAUAGGGCUCGUGGCAGUGGGAUUUCCGGCCACUCCCUUGACGAAAGCGCGAGUUCGGUUUUGUUUGAGUGCGGAUCACACCAAAGAACAGCUGGAUUAUGUCCUUGACGUUGUUGAUAAGAUUGGGGAUGAGACGAGCACAAAGUAUGGGAAGAAGGCGAAGAACUCAAAAUUAAUUGAAUACUAG